AUGCGCCCUCUAAGCGAGCCAUUACACGGCCGGAUCGACACAGAAGACCCUUUUACGGCUUGUGCGGCCUGUGCUGAAUCUGAGACGACAAAGCCUCUUUCUGCGCGUCAUCGCAAGCAGUCUCCACGCCGGCCAAGAUCCUCACAACAUGGCCAACUCAUUCACGAAGAUUGUGCCUAUUGCAGGCAAGCUACGCCUGAAUUCGAUAAUCCUACCUCGGAGGAGAUGCAGCAGCAGCAGCAAGACGAAGAAGAGAAUAUUAAUAGCUAUGAUGAUGAUGGAUUGCAACAGUCAGACGAAGAUACCGCGAGGGUAGCGCCAAUAACUGAACUGGCCGACGAACUUCCCCCGCCCAGUCCGUCCCUGUACCCAAGCCAAGAACAAGCGACGAGCAAUAGCGACAAUUGCAGCGACGACGAGCCCAGUACCGCCGAAGCUGAGUCAGACGACAGCGACCGGAGGCGAUACCCCACCAAGCGGAAAAGGUCGUUUUUAUCUUACGUUGGCCCAACGCAAGGGAAGCGUCGGCAGCAUCUUCAGCCGAGCUUUACCCAGGAAGGGAGAAAUUGCUCCCAGAAAAGGCCCCGUUGGAAGCCACAUAAUCAUGGUUCGAGAGUUGUCCCAGCCUGUGGCAGUAACAGCCAAUUACCUUCGCCACCUAGUUCUUUCCUAGGCUGCGGCAUCCUCAGCGAAUCAUCCAAACACACUGCCACUGCUCACCGAGGUCACAUUCCGUCUCCACUCCCCGAAUUACUACUCUUUUUCUGCAUUCUUUCGGGACGAUUGUCAUGA